CACAGUCGUAUGUGGGAACCAUCAUUGCCAUAACGAAUUUUUCAUUUCGCAAUGUCAGCUAUACACAGCCUCAUAGUCUGCUGUGCCUUGGUAGUGGCAUUCGUAUCAGCGGCUCCGGAGAGAGUAUUUGAUGGGUCUGUCCUGACGAAGUGCGCCGAAACCUUCCAGAUGCCUGUCCAAACUUAUGAUUAUCUUCACUCAAUCGAGUCUUUGCCUGAGAAUCCUGAUGAGCGUACAAUGUGUUUCUACGACUGUCUUCUGUCGAGCAAAGGAACGAUGAAGGAUGGAGUCUUUCAAGAAGAUUUUGCAAAAGAGAAUUUUGCAAGGACGAUAAAUGAAAAGCUGGGAUCAGUGGACCAAGGUGUUUUAGAUAAAGUCCUCUCUUGUGGAAAGAAAACUGCUGAAGGAAAAUGCGCAACAUCUUACGCUGUAUUCAAGUGCAUGCAUGGAGUUUUACAGCCUGUCUUCAAAGGCUUAGCUCACUGAAAGCAAUCUCGGGCACGUGACGAAGAAGCUAUCUGGAUCAGCCUUUUAUCUAUUUCCCUGCAUAUUUGUAAGAAUCUUAAUAAAAUAAUAUUAAAUCAAGAUUUGUUGUUCAUAUAAAUACUCAACUAUAAUAUUCACGAGAGUUAACAAGGGUAAUCAUGCCUUAUGGGUAAAUUUGACUUGUUAUAACAAGUUAAAACAACAAAACUUCUUGAUAACUUAUUUUUUAAAAGAAAAAAAAAUGUUGGUCAGGGAACUCAUACCUAUAACAAGAAAUUAAUGGUCCAUGAUGUUUUUUAUGAUUAAUACAAAUUUGAAAUUUUUUAACACCAUUGUUGUUUAUUUUUUUUUUAAUUUAUCAAAAUAUCAUGAAUUGCAUUACAUAUAAAAAAACUGACUCUGACCAUAUUAAUACUCAUAUACAAGAUAAGCCUCAAUUUUGUUCUGUGUUCGAGUCUUCUCAAUGUGCUGGAUGCCACCUGUGUAAAAUAAAUGUAUUCAACAAUAUUUAUUUCCUGAAAUAAUUUACAGAUCUCUGAUUCAUAAA